AUGAAUUCACCACCAUCCUCCGGCGCCGCCUCCAGCGCUGCCGCCGUCGGCGGCGUUUUCACUCAUCCUCUCCUUGAACCAAACCCUAAUGGUUCAAAUACAUUGAAAGCAUUUGGAAAUAUUUUCAUCGCAAUCGUCGGCGCCGGUGUUCUUGGUCUACCUUACAUCUUCAUGAAAGCCGGUUGGUUAACUUCUCUAAUCUUAAUCUUCUCCGUCGCUUCUCUUUCCUACCGUUGCAUGAUGCUUCUAAUCCUCACCCGUCGCCAUCUUCAAAACAAUAACCCAAACAACACCAAUCUAAACUCAUUCGGCGAUCUGGGUUUCGCCAUUUGUGGUUCAUCCGGCCGAUUCGCCGUCGAUAUCAUGAUCGUCCUUACUCAAUCAUCUUUCUGCAUUGGUUAUUUAAUUUUCAUAUCAAAUACACUGAAAAGUACUAAUUACAUAUGGGGUCUUUUCCCAUUUCAAUUAGGAUUAAAUGCAAUCCCAUCUUUAACCCAUUUAGCUCCAUUAAGCAUUUUCGCAGAUUUAGUCCAAAUCAUUGCGAUGACUGACGUAAUUGUAAACGACGUGAUGGUAUUAUCGAACGGUGUUAAUCUACCAAUUGAAAACGCAAUCGGGGGAUUAUCUACUUUUGUGUAUGGAUUGGGUGUUGCUAUGUAUUCAUUUGAAGGUGCAGCAAUGGCGUUACCACUUGAAUUUGAGAUGAAGGAUAAAAGGAAGUUUAGUAAAGUUCUAGCGAUAACGAUUGGAUUGGUUUCAUUACUAUAUGGGUUAUUUGGAAUUAUGUCAUACUUUGCGUUUGGAGCUGAAACGCGCGAUAUAAUAACAACAAAUAUGGGGAAUGGGAUUACGAGUAUUAUGAUUAGAUUGGGUUUGUGUGUGAAUUUGUUCUUUACUCUACCAUUGAUGAUGAAUCCUGUUUAUGAGGUUUUAGAAAGAAGAUUCUGGAAUGGGGAAUAUUGUUUGUGGAUUAGGUUUUUGCUUGUUAUGUUGAUUUGUUUGGCGGCGAGUUAUAUUCCUAACUUUUCAGAUUUCUUGUCGUUUGUUGGGAGUAGUAUUUGUUGCGUUUUGGGAUUUGUUUUGCCGGCGUUGUUUCAUUAUUUGGCGUUUAAGGAUGAGAUGGAUUGGAGAGGAGCGUUGGCGGACGCUACGAUUGUGGUUCUUGGGAUCACGGUUUGUAUAACCGGGACUUGGUCUUCUUUAUCUCGGUCUUUUUCCUAG